AUGGCGAAUGAGCGCACAUAUGAGGUGGUAUGUGCAUUAAAUAGGUUGAAAGGGUUGCUCGUCAAGGAAGAAAUUCUUCCUAAGGUAAUUGUUACUGACAAGGACAAUGUUUUAAUGAAAGUCGUGGAAGACGUCUUCCCCGUAGCUCGCCAUUUGUUGUGCCAAUUUCACGUUUCAAAGAGUGUGACCGAGAAGUUGAAGACACUUGUUCAGUCGGUAGAAAGAUGUGAAUUUAUUACUAAUAUCUGGAAUCGGUUGAUGCGUGCUACAACUGAGGCUGAAGUUGAAGGUGCGCAUUCAAAGUUGAAGAAGAUUCUUUCAGAUAGCAAAGGUGACUUGGUUACAACUUGGACUGCUAUCAACAAGCUUCUUAUCAUGCAGCAUGACAAGAUAAAAGAAUCCUACCAGCUCACCGUUUUUGUCACCGAGCAUACUCUCAAUGACGUGUUUUAUAAGCAUUUGCGAGGCUUUGUUUCUAGAGCAGCAUUGCACAUGAUUGUUAGAGAGAGGAAACGAAUCGGUAAGAUUCGUGUUAUGAAGUUAACUUCUGUCCCAUUACUUGCGGUACAUCCUCGUUGGAGGAAAUUGAAUUGGGAUUGUUCAGACCCUGCCAUUAAUCCUGAGUUGGGAGUCAGUUUUGAGUCUGAACUUGAAACUUUAAGAGUUAAAUUUGACGGAGCUUCUGCGGCAGUGAGGAAGUCCAUGAUUGAUAGCAUUAGAAUGGUUUCUUUCCCGGAAAGGACUUCCAUGUGUCCUCCAAAGAAGGCCACACCUAAAGGUAGACAAAAAGGCUAUUCGAAAAAGGAAACAAAGAAGGCAGCAAAGGGUAUCAAAUUACCUAGUAUGGGCUCUACGAAACGUCAUCCAUCUCGUUGGGAGCAUAUUGAUGCCUUGUAUCCGGGCUCUUUGGAAGAUAGCAACUCCACACCAAAUAUUGCCAUUUCUCCCAAACGAGUAAAGAAUCUAAGCCUCCACCGGGGCAUGUUGAGACAAAUCCCCGAAGAGUUUCGUCCAUUCAUUGAUUCCUUGGUUCAUGUAAAGGGAGACAAACAUUGCAGAUUUAGAUGUGUUGCAGCAUUGUUGGAUAUGGUAGAAGACAAAUGGCCGAUUGUUCGUAGGACUUUGAUCCAGGAGCUUGACACUGAGUUUGGCAUGUAUUGUUCCAUAUUUGGGAUAGCUGAGACAAAUGAGAUACGUUCUACUUUACAUGUGACUUCAGGUGGGUUUGUAGGAGAAGAUAAGUGGAUGACCGUUCCUAAUAUGGAAUACAUUAUAUCCAUAGCUUAUAAAGUGGUGUUCAUGACCCUUGGUGUUAGUGGAUGUAACACUUUCUUUUCGUUGAGAGGAAGUCCUGACCCACUGGCACUCCACAAACGCAUGACAGUUGCAUUUGUUAACAAAAAUCACUUUAUAGGGGUUGUUCUUCGUGAUGGGCACCCAAUGCCGCUCACUGCUCACAUGUGGGCAUAUAAGCGCAGGGACGAGGCCAAGGAAUGGGUUGAACCCUAUUCUGAUCGAAUUGAAGCUUAUAGUGCAUAUUUUACCGCUAAGCAUGGUGGUGGUGAUCAAUCUGUAAUAGACCAUACUGAGGAUUAA